AUGGCACGCAAAGAUCCGCCGAGCGCCCCGCUCGCACUGGGGCCUGGGAUUCAGCGGAGCAAAGCGAGGCGCGAGCGGGCUUUAUCUGCGCUGGCUUGGCGCGAAACAAUAUAUUUAUUGGACAGUAGCACGCGGCGCGGGGCGAUCCCGCCGGAUGAUCUAUUCGCCGCGCACUUACGGUGCCGCUACAGACGAAUAUCGAGCUCAGAGGAACACUGCGGCGACUCGACGGAAAUC